CCGCCGCUGCUGGACACAAGCCGAACAAAGUGCAGGUUUUUCGGAUGCUAUUUUUAUACCUGCGGAUUGGAUGGUGCCCUCAGAGUGGAUAUGCACCGUUUCCAAUUUGGAGAAGAGGAAACAGCUGCAGUACGCGAGUGGGCUUUAAGUUUUACGUUGCAGCAGAGGAGUUGUGAACGCCGUGCCGUUUUAAACAUGGGUGUAGACUGAAGGAGGACGCAGAGAGGAUGCUCGUAUGAGGAUUUAAACCGUUCUUGCUCCAAAUAUACUCUCGGACCAUGCAGUUUUUGCCGCUCAGGACGUUGUUUGUUUUACUGGCUUAUGCGCAAGUCUUGGAUUCCCUGUGGACCGAUGGCGAAGUGCGGACUAAAGAAAGCGAUAACGUGGGCAUCCACUUGAGAACUUUCCACUGGUCCUCUCGGGAGAACCAUCAAAACAAGGCAAGAGAGCACCACGCCACAGGUGCGGCAGCAGCAAUUAGCAAAGCUGCGCCCAACUCCACGCGCCCUUGGGGAAAAGUAAAGGAGACGAGAAAACCAGCGCGCAACAACAGUAACAAUAAACCCAACUUGAAUAGGACAGUGACAACCGUAGAGGACGCGAACGCUGCUUCACACUGGGACCCAACGCGACAACAUAAUAACAAGAGGAUAAAGUUGAAUGGCGGGCUUAGUGGUUCAGCAGGUGGACACUACAAUGCGCCUAAGCCCUCUUCACUGGUUAUGGACGAAGAGGGAGGCGACAGGCGUAAAAGCGUCUCCAAAGAAGAAGGGCAGAAGAAAGGAGUGCCUAAAAAGGGAAAGACUCGACGAAACAAAAGCGAAAUAGUCAUGGCACAAGCGCACUCCGCGUCUUGGGAACCCAUGCCCAAGCCGGUGGCGCUUACUUCCACGGAUCUGCCCUCUGACCUCUUCACGAGGAGGAACGACUACUUCUACACUUUUAGGGGCGAGGAUAAUCCGUGGGAUGCGACCCCCAUGACACCUCCAAGUUCUCUGGAUUUUGUGGAUGAAAUCAAAAACCCGUUUUGGCCCGUGACGAGUGAGACCUACGGGGCGUACGCGAUCACGUGCGUCUCCGGGGUGAUAUUUUUAGUGGGGAUAGCAGGGAACAUCGCUAUCCUGUGUAUUGUGUGUCAGAACUACUACAUGAAGAGCAUUUCCAACUCCCUCUUGGCUAAUUUGGCGGUGUGGGAUUUUGUUCUCAUCUUGUUCUGUCUGCCCAUGGUGGUUUUCCAUGAACUGACCAAGUCCUGGCUCCUGGGAGAAUUCACGUGCAAAGUUGUGCCCUACGUGGAGGUUGCCUCAUUGGGUGUGACUACGUUCACUCUCUGUGCCCUCUGCAUCGACCGCUUCCGUGCCGCCACCAACGUCCAGAUGUACUACGAGAUGAUCGAGAACUGCACCUCCACCACUGCCAAAUUAGCCGUCAUCUGGAUUGGCGCUCUGCUUUUGGCACUGCCCGAGCUCCUCAUACGACAGCUGGUGGUGGAAGACACUGGCAUUCCAGACGAGCCCCCGGUGGAGCGCUGCAUCAUCCGAAUUUCCACCUCUUUACCGGACAUGCUUUACGUUCUCGGUCUGACCUACGAAGGCGCUAGACUUUGGUGGUGUUUCGGUUGCUACUUUUGCUUGCCCACGUUGUUCACGAUCGGUUGCUCAUUGGUGACGGCGCGCAAGAUCCGUCGCGCGGAGCAGGCUAGCGUGCGUAGCAACAAGAAGCAAAUCCGAUUGGAGAGUCAAAUGAACUGCACCGUUGUGGCUUUGGCUAUAGUCUAUGGAGCGUGCGUGGUGCCAGAGAACAUUUGUAAUAUAGUGUCUGCAUACAUGGCCGCUGGGGUCCCGGAGCAUACCAUGUCCGUGCUCCACCUUCUGUCCCAGCUUUUGCUCUUCUGUCGGGCCGCGGUUACUCCCGCCCUGUUACUUCUUCUAUGUAGACCACUUGGAAGAGCCUUUUUAGACUGCUGCUGCUGCUGCUGCUGCAACCACUUGCCCUCCUCCGCGACGGGUAGCGAUGACAACGAACAUGAAUGCACAACUGAACUAGAGUUGUCGCCUUUUAGCACUAUCCGCAGGGAGCUGAGUAACUACACUCCAGCUGGCUCCAACUGCUAAGGGGCAGAGGGGGCAGGAGGGGUACAGAUGUUACUGCGUAAGAAGGUGCCUCUGCCAGAUGAGGGCACAUAGCCUUAAAUCGUCUGGUCAAAUGAAUGGGUGCAUGAAUGAGCAAUGAGUAACCACAUUCAAACAAUAUUAUGGAACAUUUACGGUGACUUUUGAACCCUUAUAUAUAGGGAAAACUACACUCAGAGCUUGGAAACUUGGAGUACAUAUCUUUGCAAUAAGACGCACAGGUUAACAUCACAAUCUUUACCACUUCUGCCAAUACAAAACCAACAGUGGCAUGGUCUUGUGUGUUCAAUACAGAUGCACUACUAGACUCUUGUUUGUGGUCAAUUGUUCAAGUUGCUUUUUUCUCAAAAUCGACCGAAUCUCCCAAAGGAUAAUUGUACAGAUUAAGUUGACAGAACUCGACGUUUACUGCUGUGCAAUGUACAUAUAGUUUCAGUAAUGUUACAGUGUGGUACUUUACAUCUGUGGCCAGUAAUCUAAUAUUUAUGUACUGUAAUUUAAAUGGUACUGGUACUAAUUAUUGCCAAUCAGCUAGUUAUGUGUCAUUGUUGGGGCAGCCUUGUACAAUACUUCUAAUGAAGCUCUCAGUUACACAGUGGCACUGCCUAUACAAUGGAAAUCCUCCGUUUACAAUUAUAUAGUUCCUGUAAUGGUGCACACACGCUGAGCCUUUGUGACUGGGGACCUAGGCUUUGGAUAAUUAAACAGUGAAGUCUUGUGUUUGUAAGAGCAGACUGAGGAAACCAAGGGAUUAAAGUGUGCUCUUUAUAAAUCUGUAUUAUGUCGAGGUGUGUCAAUUCUGGGCUGGUCUCAGAAGAACUCAAAUGGACUUAA